UCAACACUUCCACGUAGGGUACUUAGAAUCUGUCAUCUCCGGCGAGAAUCUGAUAUCGCGUGACGUGAGUCGGUUUGAUUCGGUCUAGUCCUUACUUUCUUGUUCCGUUAUAGAGAAUACAGGUAUACAUAGAUAGGAGCCAUCGUUCGUAAGGAUGCUUGAGUUACACGAGAGAGAAUGCUGUUUGCUCUUCUGUCUCACCGUAUUUAUAAUCGCUGCUCCUUGCUACAGCCAUAUGAGCUCGUUUGAUGGGAAAACUUUAUAUGCUGGGAAGGAACUAUGGAAAGAGACUCUGCCAUUGCAGUGUGGAUCUCGAGUUUAUAGAUUACAAGGGAUUAAGUCAAGUUCUUGGUAUGAAGUCAAGAUAUCGUACCCAGCUUAUAUCCCUGCUCUGUUCUCGCUGCAACUAUUGAGGAACGGUGAAACGAGUUUGAAGCUAAAGCAGAUGAGGAGAUUACUAAACACUGAGAAGUUGAUCUUCAAAACCGAAAGUCUCGAAAAAGUUAAUGACAAGGAAGAAGGGUUGUAUGUUUUGGUUGCGGUGGAACCAGAAGGAAUCGUGGCUAUACCAAAUUUCAAAGAACGUUUGUGAAGAACAAGUGUUAGGCAUCGCAUACUCAUGCUGGUCGGUGGUGGUUUUGGUAGUAUUGUGCCUCGUUGUCUCGGCGAUUCUUCCUCGGUUUCUCCCAUCUUAUCUUCUAAUCAAGGAAGGAGGAGA